AUGUGGUGGGACACAUCUCUUAUCGAGGCUACUGUGACUCGACAGUUCGUCUGUUCGCACCUUCUUCCCGAGGAGAUUGAGCGUCUGGACAGAGCCCUUGGGUUUGGCGGCGGUUUGACAGACGGCACUUACUGGGAAUGGAUCCAAGAUAAGGCCAAAAAGAUAUUCCUCAUCCUGGUUGAUCUUGGAGUUCCGGAUCAGAUCUUUGGUGUCAUCGACGAUGCUUGGGAUGACACCGAUCUGCCCAUCGCACUUGAUCAAGUCGAGCGUCUGGCCCUGACUGCCACCAGAGACGAUAGGGUCGACAGGAGGUUUUAUUAUCGCCAGUUCCAAUAUCUCCUCCACUAUGUGGAAAAGGGCCAACAUGCAGUCUAUCAUGACGUGGAAGUGGUGCCCAUCGAAGUGGUGGACAGGCGACCCGGAGCUGGGUUGAAUGCCAGCCAUUCGGUCGACAAAGUCCAGUUGCCUAAUAGGCCGGGCGAGAUCUUCUCCCGCCGCCGGAUUCCUGUAGGCACUGGCAACGGCGUUUUACCGUAUGAGGAGUUCCUGUACGAGGUCAACAGCACCAAGAACGUACAGAAUGACCAUCUCAAGUCGUACUUUGCGUCCUAUACGCAUCAAGGCUUUGGAUAUGUCUUGUUUACCCCCGCAAGCGACUAUAGUCUGAAGUCCAUACUGGCAUCCUUGCCAGCACCCCUCAAGGCCCUGCCCAAAAACAACCGACGGCUGCGUGUCAUGAACUGGGUCCACUGUCUCGCCGAUACCUUAUGCUACCUUCAUAACCGAGGCCGCUCACACGGCAACAUCAGACCUUCGACAAUACUUUUCAACACGGAAAACCACGUUUUCUUCACCGACAUAUCGCGCCUUCGUUCCGAAGCACUGGCAAACUCGUCUGACAAGGCCGCCUUCGACAAGGAAUCUUACGACUAUGCUGCCCCUGAACAAUGGUUUCGACCAACCGCAUGCAGCUCAGCACCACAUCGCAAAAGCAUCCUUUACUCACCUGUACCGGCUUCACCAGAAAAUGGCUCCUUUUCAAUCAACCGAAAUACCGACAUGCCCAGCCCUGCUUCAAUUCUGAGCACGCCCAACCCGCAUCUCAACCCUCAAGCCGCUGAUAUCUUCUCUCUUGGAUGUGUAAUCCUUGAACUACUCAGCAUGCAGAUGAAGCGACAGACUCGCUCCUUUGCUUCCCACCGAGCUGCCAAACACAAAACUCCGGGCCGUGGCGGUGCCGUCUUGGACUCGUCCUUUCACAAGAAUCUGAGUCAGGUCGAAUCGUGGAUGGCAGGGCUUGCUAAAGAUGCCAGCAAGAAGGAUGACCAGGUCUUUCGUGGUAUAGCACCUAUGCUGAAGGUUGUAGCUCGAAUGCUGUCGGCGGCACCUCAUGAUCGACCAACCGCCCAAGAAGUGGAGCAACGGAUAUACAAUAUUCUGAAGGAAUGCUGCCAAAUCGAAGAGCCCCAUUGCGUACAUCAGUACGGCUGGGACUUUGGUUUCGGUAAUCUUCGCAUAGGCCAGGAGAGCGAGAAGUUGACCAUCGCAACGAAGAGACACAGCGGCGGGACAUUGAAGUCCCUCGAGUACAGGCGGACGAAUAGCAGUGGCAGUGGCUCAACAGCUUAUAGAAGGGACUAA